AUGGAUCCCCCGCGCCCAGAGAGCCGUAUACCCCCUCGCACUUCAGACUCCCCCGCUUCAGGUGCAUCUUCUAGACCGAAAGUCCAACAGCCGAAACCCCAAGCCCUCGCGAACCGUCCUGGUACUUCCGCGAUUUUAGUGUCCACGCGCCAAAAGGGCAACCCCAUCUUGACCCAUAUAAAGCUCCUACCCUGGGAGUAUGCCGACAUCCCCGCGGACUAUGUGGUUGGUACCACAACAUGCGCAAUGUUUCUCUCCUUAAAAUAUCAUCGCCUACACCCAGAAUACAUCUACUCCCGAGUGAAACAACUAGCAGGCAAAUACAACCUCCGCCUUGUACUGGUGAUGGUUGACAUUCAAAACCAUGAAGACAGUCUCAGAGAGCUGUCUAAAACAUCCAUCAUCAACAAUCUGACCUUGAUAUUGUGUUGGUCUGCACCAGAGGCUGCGCAUUAUCUCGAGCUCUUCAAGUCAUCAGAGAACGCACAGCCCACCGCCAUUAGAGCCCAACAGGCCCAAUCCUACAAAGAGUCGCUGGUUGAGUUUGUCACGGUUCCCAGAAGUAUCAACAAGUCCGAUGCCGCAAGUUUGAUCUCCACGUUCGGCAGCUUGCAAAAUGCCAUCAAUGCACAGCCGGAGCAGAUCAGCGCCGUGCCGGGUUGGGGAGAGAAAAAGGUCCAGCAAUGGUGUCAUGCUGUUCGAGAAGAUUUCAGAGUCGAGAGCACGAAGAAGACCUCUGCUCCUGCCAUACAACGCCAGGCUCAACUGCUAGCCGAGAAUGAGGGUGAGAGGAUUGAUGAUAAUAUGGGCGAAGAAGAUGAAGAAGAGGCCAUUCUUCGUGAAGUUCUAGCUGAAAGUAGGAAAACAGCAGCUAUGCGGCCUACUGAGCCACUGGCCCGAGGUCAGCAGACUGAAGAGGUGAGUGAAGGCAUCGCGGCCGCACUUGCCAGGCUUAGGGACAAUGCCGGUUGA